AUGCCAAGCCUGCGGCAAACAUUCCCAGAAAGGACACCCACAUUUUGUAAAUUCAGCAACCUCAAGAUUCCCGCGACGUCAAUCGUACUGAUUUCUCGACAAACACAAGCCGCGCAUCAUUCUCAGGUCACCAAUACCGUCGAGAUGGCCAAGUCAAAGAACUCGUCUCAGCACAACCAGGCCAAGAAGGCUCACCGAAACGGUAUCAAGAAGCCAAAGACCCACAGAUAUCCGUCCCUCAAGGGCACCGAUCCCAAGUUCCGAAGAAACCACAGACAUGCUCUGCACGGAACCAUGAAGGCUCUCAAGGAGGUCAAGGAGGGAAAGAGAGAUGCCGUAUAGAUAAUUGGAGAGAGGAAUGGGGGUCGGUGAGAAUGUCAACAUGAGUUUGUGGUUACGGUUUCCCCGAUCGAGACGAACAACGAGAGAGCGCUUUCCAACAAAAAGUGUGUGGCUUUACGACCCUGAACCAUGGGCGGAAGGUUCUACGAUGUGCGAUCAGAGCGAAAAAUAAACGAUGCCCCAUCAUCGACCACACAAAAAAAAGGAUAUCGACGAAAUCGAAAAUAGAGCUCGCCUUUUUUGGGUUCGGGUUGUCGAAAUUUCUGCUUCAUCCAGAAAGGACCAAAAAGACAAGAGCGCAUCUCCAAAAAAAAGACAGUUGUCUCUCCCUGUUCGAUCUCAGUCCUCAACUCCGUUUGUCCCCUGUUUCCGUUGUUUUUCUCGCGCCGGUGCGAU